CCAUGGCGACGGGCGGCGGCGGCGGGCCCGGGGCUGCGGGCCGGGAGGGGGCGGGGCGGGGCCGGGCGCCGCCCCGGGGCGAGAGCAGGCGGCCGAGCACUCGGGGCAGCGACGGGGCGGAGAGGAGGGGGCCCUACCUGCUCUGCAGGCCCCCCGCCGGCCACGCCAAGCUGCAGCGGCCGCGGGAGCCGGCGAAGGCGGCGCCGCGAUGGCACGGGCUGCUGGGGGGGCCCCCGGCGAAGGCAGCGGCUAAAAGGUCCGCGAGGUCCCGCGGGGGCUACGUGGCGCUCAGCCAGGUGGCAGAGGACAGCCUGGUGUCGCCCAGCUCGGGCAGCGAUGGGGAGCUGGAAUCGAGGGGCUCCUCCGGCUACUCCUCCGCCGAGGUGAACCAGGAGCUGAGCCGGCAGCUGCUGCAGGACGGCUACCACCUGGACGAGGUCCCUGACGACGAGGACCUGGACCUCAUCCCCCCGAAACCCGCCGCCGCCCCGUGCCCGUGGUGCUUCGGGGACUCCCUCUGCUGCGUGCUCCAGUAGGCACCGCCCCCGCGGGGGGCGCGGGACAGCUCCGGAGCCUCCGCUCCCCACGGCCCUCGGGGCGUUUGGUGGCGCCCCAGGGGCUGCACUGCACCCCGAGGUCUCCGUGUCACACGGGGCAGCAGCAGGCGCGUGGCUCAGUGCCACUUGUCACCCGGCUGGGGUGGGACGGGAGGAGAUGGGGGCUCCUGGGGUGCACGGGGAGCUCCCGGUGCUCCUGCUCCCUGCUGCGAGCCCCCGCUGCUGUUCAGGAAGGGACCGACGGCCUCCACAUUAAGAUUUCUUCCCCCCCGGGGCCGUUCCGGUCUCAUAAGCUGCCUUAAAUCAGGGUCCUGCUGCCCGACAAGGGACAGCCGGUGUCUUAGGGAGGAACCUUAUUUAAACGCUCGGCCUCCGGAGAGGAACGCUCUCCUUUUUUUGUAUCCUAUCCGAGGAAGCACUCAAUAAAAGGAUCUUGCUACUC